CUUCGCUUACUGCUUUCCGCUUAUCUUGGCUAAUGAUUACUAUUCAACACAGCACCGCAACCUCAUUGUUACUCGGUAGGUAUCCCUUUGGUCCAAAUACAUGACUUAUGACUUGCUGUUUCAGAAUUGGUAGCCUCGGCGUUAUGAAGCUUUACCUGCAUCUUGUUGACUAUUUCAACUUCAUAAUCAUACCGAGCACUCUUCCUUGAUCUUUUAUAUAUAAAUGCAUCCUAUAAACCAUGCUUCUAAACAUUUCCUCUGCAUCACCCAUCAAUUUCCGAGUUUACCACACAACCAACACUUCCUUUGUUAAAUAAUCCUCACCAUAAACCAAAAUGUCUAAACUCGUAGUCAUUGUUGGAAUCACAGGCAAUCAGGGAAGUUCUGUGGCAUCUGCCUUCUUCCAGGACCCAACCUGGAGAGUUCGCGGAACAAGUCGUGACCCUAGCAAGCCCUCCAGCCUUGCCCUCAUCUCUCAGGGAAUCGAGGUCGUACCCGGCGAUGUUGAUGACGUCGAGUCUCUCAAAGCAGCCUUCAAAGGCGCCAAUCUUAUCUUCGGCAACACCGCAUUCUCCAACGCAUUCGCCGUUCCCACAGCUUCUGAUCUGGAGAAGCUUGCUCCGGGACAGACGCUGAGAGAAUGGUGCUAUGAGCUUGAGGUGCAGCAGGGGAAGAAUAUCGUUGAUGCUGCGGCGAGUGUGGCCGAUGGCUUGGAUUUAUUUAUUUGGUCGACUCUAUCACAUGCCAGCAAGUGGUCGAAGGAAAAAUAUACUGGGGUAUAUCACUUUGAUUCGAAAGCGAAGGUCGUUGACUAUCUGAAUGAGACGUAUGCUGCUUUGGGCAAGAAGACAUCGUUGUUGCAGAUGGGAUUGUUCAUCACAAACUGGAAGUGGGGUCAAGCUGCGGUACCAUGGGAGAAGCGUUCUGAUGGAUCACUCCUCCUUGCUGUGCCCGGCAAUGGUGAUCUUCCAGUCCCUUUGAUUGUUCCUUCCGACGCUGGAAAAUUCGUCAAAGCACUCUCGCAAGUUUCACCUGGGAAGAACCUCCUCGCUUUUGGAGAGCUUAUGACUUGGUCGGAGUACGUCGCCCUCUGGACUAGGACUACUGGAUAUCCAGCGACAUUCGAGAAAAGUACUGUCGCCGUUCUGGACAAGUUGGCUCCUGGUGGGUAUGGAGAGGAGAUUGGAGAGAUGUACGCUUAUAUGCAGGACUUUGGAUACUGGGGAAAAGAUGAUGCUUCCGUCAUAUUUCCUAAAGACCUUGGUAUUGAGGUAGGAGCUACGAGGAUCGAGGAUUACAUCAAGAACGAGGAUUGGUCAGAGCUGAUCAACAGGCCUGUACCUGGCUCUUAGAAGCAGCAUAGCAGCUUAUUUCAAGCAAAUGUUGUAGGAGUAUCAAAAUACUGUGCAUCUCU